AUGGGUUUCAGCGUUCAUGGAUCUAAAAAGAGAGAGGUUGACGCUCAGAAGCACCUGAAAAGGCUUCACAAAAUUGUGCCUUGGAUUGAGAACCCUUUACAAGGUGCGGAUCCACAGCAUCUUGUGUUCCACCAGCGACACGAGGCCAACACUCUGGAGCUAUUCUUCGACCUGUUCUUCGUAGCCAAUCUCGCCACAUUUACCGCCCAUCACUCUAUCACCGACAGCGACUCUCUGUACGCAUACAUCGGGUUCUUUGCCAUUCUAUGGUGUAGUUGGUUCCAGAUCACGCUCCAUGAUGUCCGAUUUGCCAGAGAUUCAAUCUUUGAGCGAAUAUGCAAGGUCGCCCAGUUCAUCGCAUUUGUUGGCUUGGCGCUCGUAGGUUCUAAGUUUCAGCCGAAUCACAAGAAAACGAAGGAUGAUGAUCCUACGAAGGACAACAACACUAAUUUUCGAAUUCUUUGCUAUGUCCUCGUCUUAAGCAGGGCGUUGCUCACCCUUCAAUACAUCGUCGUCCUCAUCUCUACGAUAGUCGCCAAAUACAAGAAGCUGUACCUCCCCCUCAUCAUAAAUAUCAUUAUUUAUCUGGGAGCCACCGUCGUUUUCGUGGCCAUGACUCCAGCCUUCAAGGAAAAUGCCACUGGCCACGGCAGGAUCUACGUUGUUUGGUAUAUUGUGAUGCUCAUCGAGUCAUUCGGUUCGAUUGCCAUCUCGUGCUGUUGGACGAUGUUGAGCUUCAAGAAAACCCAUAUAGUCGAGCGCAUGGGACUUCUCACCUUGAUCGUCAUCGGAGAGGGUGCCAUUGGUGUAACCAAGACUAUCAGCAAAAUGAUGGGCAAGUACGGUCUGGAUCCUUCAGGAUGUUUUCUCGUCAUUUGCAUCAUCCUCGUUCUGGUAUUCGUCUGGAUGCUGUACUUCGACAACUCUCCCCACGGACACUACGGUACGAUACGGCAGCAGAUUUGGUCUGUUCUGCAUUUCCCUCUUCACCUAGCGAUUGUUGGCUUAGUGGAAGGCUCCCAACAGAUUGCCUUGGCCCGAUAUGUCAGCCUGCAAAUGCUAAAGAUCGACAAAGCUUUCUGGACCUAUUGUGUGAAGGACCAUCUCGACGGUCAAGAUCUUGCAACCGCCCUCAUGGAGAAGAUCGAGUACUAUCAGUUGGACAAGAAAGUCGACUCGGAGAAAUACAUGCCGUUUAUCGAAGAAAAACUCGAUUUCAUCGCAAACGCGACUGGAAUCUGCUCUGCAAAGAAUACCGCCUCGUUCCAACAGACCUACUCUGCGUGGUCGUAUGCGUACCCAGAGGGCGUAGUCAAUCUCCUCGUCGACACGACGAGUGCCCUUUACCAAAGUCUCGGCGUCGAGCUUCCUGAAAGCGAAGCCCUGAAGAACCUGACCGCCACAGAAAUCAUGUUUCACGCAUGGCGCGUCAUUUACAUCUACUACUGGUCUUCCCUCACCAUGCUCAUUCUCUGUUCGCUCAUCUUCAUGAUCUUGAUCCGCAAGAACAAGUCCGACUUCUUCGACUGGAUUUCCAUCAUCAUUCGCGCGCUUAUGCUCGGCUUGAGCGCUUGCUUGGUCGCAGUCGUUGCGAAUGAGAACGCCCUCUACACCUUAAUCUCUAGCCCUGUUGUCCUCCCAUUGUGCCUAAUCAUCAUCUUCCUGAUUCUCAUUUUCGACCGCGUCUCCGCCGUCUUUGCAAACCACCGCCUGAAGAAGAGCGGUGCGCCCUACGCAAACGAGGACGAGGAGCAUGGCCACGAGGAGCACGACCACCAUGACGAGCUCUCUCACCACGACAUGGACAAGGAAGCAACCGUCCACAUCGCGGAAACUUCUCCUUUGACGGCUAGCACUGCGUAUGAGCGCCCUCACAGCAUUGGGGGGAUGACACACAUGCCGCCUGCUCUUUACUCUCCUCCAGUGGAACACGCACCGCCCAUGUUCAACUCAAAUGGGUACGCGCCUGUGCAAAACCAUGGCUAG